AUGUGUAGAUAUAACCCUGCUGACAUUGAAAUGUAUUCAGUGCCUUCCGGGGGACCGCCAACGUUUUCAGAAGUCACUUCAAGCAAAUCAUCUCUGCAAACAGGUUGGGCCUUAAGCAAACCGAGAAGUAGCGUUAGAUUUUCGCCAAAGGUCAAAGAAUACCUAACAGCACGUUUUACAAUAGGAGAAAGAACAGGGCGUAAGGCUGACCCUGGCCAGUUUGCAGCAGACAUGCGAAAUGCAAAAAAUGAGUCUAAUGAACGCCUGUUUACUAUAUCUGAGUGGCUUUCAAAGAACCAAGUUCAGAGCUUUUUUUCGCGGAUGGCAGCAGCACGUCGUAAAGAGCAGGGUGUUGUCGGCUUGUCAACGGAAAAGGAGGAAGACAUACAGUGCUUGAAGGAAUAUUCAGAAAGAGAGGAUCUGAUUAACACAGUAAAUGAAGAAAUUAACGUCGCACAUCCUAUCUGUUUUGACAGU